AUGACCAAAUUUCUACGCACAGAAGAGGACAUUAUAAAUGGGCUAAAUGAGAUUUUAGAUAAUGAAUCUGAGGGUGAACCACUGGAGUCUUUAUCUGAGGAAGAAUUUCCGUCACCAAUAGUUCCAGAUUCUUCAUCAGAAGACGAUGUUAUUCCUGCGAAGGUUCUACUGAAUGCUGAUGAGAAAGGAACAGCUGCCACAAAGACUAAUUCAAGUGGAGGAAGUGGACCUCCUGAAGGUCGACGUGGACAACAAAAUGCCCAGGGUUCUGGACUACUUCAGUUUCCUUCAGGAAGCGAUAUUGUAGCACCCGAUGGAACAACCUGGAACGUUGGAGUAAUAGGUGACUGUUCAGCUGGAAGAUAUGGACAGCAGAAUGUUUUCAAAGAUAGGACAGGACCAUCUCUGCAUGCAAAACGAAACGUGAAUGAGACCUGUUACAGCACAUGGCAUCUAAUGAUAAUGGACAAAAUUUUGAAACAUAUUGUAAAAUGUGCAGAAACUGAAGCACGUCGUGUCCUGAGUUCAGAUGAGUGGAGUAUAAAAAUUGAAGAACUGGAAGCUUUUAUAGCUAUAUUGUACGUCCGUGAUGUUAUUGGAGCUCAGUCGUCAGUGAAGUGGGGAAAUAAUUUUGUGAAAUCAACAAUGGCUCAUGACAGAUUCAGAGAGAUACUGUGUUAUCUCAGAUUUGACAUUAGAUCCACAAGAUCAGAACGACUAAGAGAAGACAAGUUUGCUUUGGUAUCAGAAAUCUGGAAUGAGUUUAUUGCGAAUGCACAAUCUAGUAGCUACAUACCAGGUCCAUAUAUAACAAUCGAUGAACAGCUUUUUCCUUCAAAGUGCCAUUGCAGAUUCACGCAGUUUAUGGCCUCAAAACCAGACAAAUACGGGCAAAAGUAUUCGAUGGCGGUAGAUAAAGACUCAAAAAAUAUAUUGUGAAUGCUAUCCCUUAUCUAGGAAAGGAUGACACUAGGCGGAGUGAUGAGCGUCUUGAUGACUUUGUUGUAAAAAAAAUUGAUGCAACCUUACCUCAACAAAUGAAUAAAUGUCACAUGUGACAAUUUUUUCACCUCCUUAGCGCUCUCUGAGACACUGAAAGCUAAUUCUACGAGUCUUUUGGGCACAAUAAAUCGAUCUCGCAGGGAAAUACCAGUCUGUAUCAAGAAGGCAAGAGAACAGUUAUACAGCACAGUAUUGUUGAAAAAAGAUGAUACCACACUGACUGUUUAUCAGGGUAAGAGCAACAAGAAUGGCCUGAUUCUGAGCACUAUGCAUCCUUAUGUGACGAUUGAGGAUGGUAUAAAAAAGAAGCCAGAUACAGACAGUUACGUUUUGUAACUGCUCUAAAUAUGGAGUGGACGUGGUCGACCAAAUGGCUCGCAAAUACUCUGUCAAAGCACCAUAGAGACAGUGGCCUGUUCACACAUUUUACAACUUGCUGGAUUUGGCUGGGAUAAAUACGUGGGUAUUGUUCAAUUCUCUAAAUGAUAAAAAAUUGAAACGCAGGGAUUUCAUCCUGCAGCUAGAGGAGGAGCUUGCUGAGAAGUACGCAGUGACCAGAAAGACUAGCGUCCCUGUCAGACCUGAAGAUAUUCCUGACAGACAAAAAAAGCGAACACGUUCCCUUGUAAAGCCUAACUGUGAA